UUUUCUGGAAAACAUUGUAAAAAAUUGAAAAAAUUAUAAUUCAGGCUUGGUUAUAAUUAACUUCCGUUUCUAAUGUAAUAAUUAUUACGGUAAACACCGAUUAUCUCAGCUAUUCACUUAAUUAACCUACGUCAAUGAUUGAGCGGCGUAUAUAUGUUUUCCUUAAUCAAAAAUCAAUGCAUAAUUUUGAAAAAGUACAUAAAGUGCUACGUUAAAUUAAAGCCAUCGUCAAAUCUGCGUAUAUAUAUUUGCAAAAUAUAAUACAGAAAAUAAUAUCUGGACAUACAGAAUACAUUAGAGUAGAAAAAUUAAUAAGUAGCUUAUAUAAAGAUUGCAAUCCGAAUGAUGAAACGUACUCGUAUAGAAGAAGUUCAGUAUGGGACACGGCCAGGACCAGGUGGUGUAGGCGGUGGUGGAGGAGGAGGUAGCGUUAGUAUUGGUUCCGUUGUUCCCGGUGCACAUAACUCUAGUUUAGGUGUUGGACUUUCAGGAAAUAUUAAUACUACUACAAUUGCACAUCAUCGAAUAUUGACUCCACAACACGGUGGUGCACAGACUAUUGCAUAUUUGCCCUCCACAACCCCAGCAGCUACUAAUUUAAAAACGUCUAAUAUAACAGAAAGUAGCACCGGUUCCAGCAGUGGAAUAACUCAAAUAACAAGUAAUACAGUAGUAUCUACAGGUGGUAACGUUAGCGGAACAGUAGGUGGUGGACAAACUGUACAGUAUUCAACUUCUUAUAACGUUUCUUCCUUAUCAGGAAGUGGUAAUAACAUGAAAAGUUCUGCUGAAGGUGGUGUUGCAAUCCAUGUUUCAAAUACUUCUGCUUCUGUUCCACAAACUACUUCCAUACGGCAGCGAACAAUUAGUUCAAAUCAGGGUAGCAACAAUACCAACAAUCUUAAUAACCCCUCGCAAAUGGUACAACAGUCAGCACCAACUUCUCAAUCGCAAAGUGUGGGCGGUGGAGGUAGUGGAGGUAGUGGCGGUAGUGGUGGUAAUGCGCCUAAUGUACCUCAGCCGGGACAACCUGGAGCUCCGCCACGACUUAAAGUUGAAGAUGCAUUAAGUUAUUUAGAUCAGGUGAAACUUCAAUACGCAGAUCAACCUCAAAUAUAUAAUAAUUUCCUUGAUAUCAUGAAAGAGUUCAAAUCGCAUUGUAUCGAUACUCCUGGUGUGAUACAGCGUGUGUCAACCCUUUUCAAAGGUCAUACAGAACUGAUCUAUGGAUUUAAUAUGUUUUUACCGCCUGGUUACAAAAUAGAAAUUCAUUCAGACGAACUAGGAUGUUCAGUUCCAGUUGUUUCUAUGCCAUCACCACCUGGUGCUGCUACUGCUACUGGUACUGCGCACCACCUUUCUACUAAUUCGAACUUACCAAACUCAAUACCACAUAAAUCACAAACAACAUCGACUACUUCAGUACAUCAGCUACAAGGAGGCCAAGCGGUCAAUUUAAUGACUCAUGGUGGUGCAUCGCUUUCACAGACUACCAUACAUGCUCUACCUUCUAAUCCACAACAGUCACCUGUACCAAAUUCUUCACAUCCACAUGUAGCUUCCUCCCCAUCACCUGCAAGUGUAAGUACACAAGUACAAAGCGUUACGGUUGCACCAGUAACUUCCGCUCACAUGCCACAAAAUUAUUCUCGUGAUCGUGCUACAAUUACUCAGACAACUGGAAAUGUUAGUAAUAUAGCUGUUGCUGGUCCUCCAACGCCGAAUUCACUUAAUGAUUUAAGUCCACAGAGCAAUAGCGUAUCAACUUGUGGUGGUCAUCAUAAUUUGCAUCAUAUAUCUCAAGCACAUCAGUCUAUAUUAAUGGGCGAAACAACUGGGCAGCAAAAUCAACCAGUUGAAUUCAAUCAUGCUAUCACUUAUGUCAACAAAAUUAAGAAUCGUUUUCAAAAUCAACCCGAAAAAUAUAAAAAAUUUUUAGAAAUAUUACAUACGUAUCAAAAGGAACAAAAAAUAAUUAAAGACGGUACUUUAAAUCAAGUGAAAACUCUUACUGAACAAGAAGUAUAUACUCAAGUAGCAAAGUUAUUUGGCCAAGAUGAGGAUUUGUUACGUGAAUUUGGUCAAUUUCUUCCAGAUGCUACAAACCAUCAAACCGCACAGUAUAUGUCCAAAUCACACAAUGAUCACAAAAGAAACUCAAUUCAAAUGGGGACCUCAAAUUUAGGAUCUGGAACGCAUAUUUCGAUGGCACCAGCUGCUGGCUCACCUUUACACAUUGGUAGUAGUGCAACGCUGUCUCAGAUUGGUAGUAGUGCACAUGCUGCUGCUUUAGGCAAUCUUUCAGCAGUUAAUACAAGUGUGAGCAUAAAAUCAUAUAGUAAUUCACAACAAAAUCAUGUCAUUAAUACAACUGCAUCUAACGCACGUGGAGACAUGUUAUAUGAUAAGGAAUAUCAUAGUGUUGGUACACAUCAUCAAAGUGGUUCUCAUCAUAGUGGUAUAAGUGGUCACAUUAGUGGAACAUCCAAUAUGCGAAACUUUGAAAAAGAGCGUAGUAAUCAUCACUCUGUGAGUCAGAAAUAUGUUCCACAUAAUCAAGGUUCUCCAAUUGGAAGUUCUUCUACGCAUUCUUCAAAAAAAUCACCAAGUUAUAACGCUUUAACAUCAAAUAUUGGACCCAUACAAUCAUUGAGUGGUAGUGGUGUUGAUCGUUCUAUUAAUAAUUUAAACUAUCCAAACCAGCAACUUGGUACACAUCCACAUAUAGCGGGAUCUCGAAGGCAAGCUCUUGAUGAUGGUGUUAGUGGAGGUAUUGGAAGUGGUGUUCCGCCUGCAAAACGUCACAAACCUAUUUGUCGAGAUAUAACAUUCGCUGAAGCUUCACGAAAAUGCACAAUUUCGGAUGCAGCAUUCUUUGAUAAAGUUCGAAAAGCUUUACGUAAUCCUGAAGUGUAUGAGAACUUUUUGCGUUGUUUAACAUUAUUUAAUCAUGAAAUAGUAUCAAAGACUGAACUGCUAAAUUUAGUUUCACCAUUUUUAACUAAAUUUCCUGAUUUAUUGCGCUGGUUUACUGAAUUUCUUGGAGCUCCUUUGAGUCACAUUCCUGGAAGUGGCAAUAUGCAGAGCUCACAUAUGGAGAGUUUACCGUUGCAGUCAGCACAGCGACAAAAUAGCAGUAGUAAUAGUACAGUUAAUGAUCGUAAUAAUCAUCAAAAUAGUGAGCUAGCUCAAGAAAUUGAUUUAGCGUCAUGUAAACGCUUGGGAGCUUCUUAUUGUGCAUUACCACCUUCCACAGUACCAAAAAAAUGUUCUGGACGUACAGCGUUGUGCAAAGAAGUUCUAAACGAUAAAUGGGUAUCGUUUCCAACAUGGGCUAGUGAGGACUCAACCUUUGUAACUUCACGAAAAACACAGUUUGAAGAAACGAUUUACAGGAAUAUUCACAGAACUGAAGACGAACGAUUUGAAUUGGAUGUGGUUAUUGAAACUAAUAGCGCAACUAUACGAGUGCUUGAAGGUGUACAAAAGAAAAUGUCACGUAUGUCACCAGAAGAUCUUUCACGUUAUCAUUUGGAUGAUUACUUAGGUGGAACUUCUCAAACUAUACAUCAAAGAGCAGUACAUCGUAUAUAUGGUGAUAAAGCUGGUGAGAUAAUUCAAGGGUUGAAAAAGAAUCCAGCUGUUGCAGUACCAAUUGUUUUAAAGCGUUUAAAAGUUAAGGAGGAAGAGUGGCGAGAAGCUCAAAAGAAUUUUAAUAAACAAUGGCGAGAACAAAAUGAAAAGUAUUACUUGAAGUCAUUGGAUCAUCAAGCCAUAAAUUUCAAACCUAAUGAUAUGAAAGCGUUACGGUCAAAAAGUUUAUUUAAUGAAAUUGAAACACUAUAUGACGAGCGUCAUGAUCAGGAAGAUGAGAACGGAGAACCUGUAGCAGGACCACAUUUAGUAUUGCCAUACAAAGAUAAAACAAUUUUGGAAGAUGCUGCAAAUUUGUUAAUACAUCAUGUAAAACGGCAAACUGGUAUACAAAAGCAGGAAAAAACCAAGAUUAAACAUAUUUUACGACAAUUUGUGCCUGAUUUAUUCUUCUCUACCCGUCAACCAUUAAGUGACGAUGAGCGCGAAGAUGUAUUCCCAUUUUUAAUAGAUGAUAACGAUAGAAUGGAUGUAGACCCUACAGCUAGAGAGUCUACUUCUAGUUCGAAUACUAAAGCUAAGGGAUCAACUACACCGACUUCUACAAAUAGUUGUAGUAGCAGUAACAUGAAUGCAGCGUCGCCAACAAGCAGUAAUAUAAUUGUUAUUAAAACUGAAACUACUGAUCUACUGUCAAACCCCACAUCUAAUGAAAUAACUACAAACACAUCAAAUAUUAACACUACAAGCACGAAUGUAUUAACGGCUAUGAACGAUACUAUGGAUAAAGAUUCUAAAACAAAUAGCACAAGUUCUAACAAUGAUGGAAAAGGAACGCAAGUAGAGAACGCAAGUACCUUGGCAACUUCAUCUUCUUUAACGACCUUGAGGAACUCUGAACAAAAACAUAUUCAUGGAACUGAUAAUGGUUCCACUAACAAAUCUGAAAUACAAGAAUCAACAAAUGAAAUAAUGGCUUCAACGAGUGGUACCACAGUGAAUGCAUCUACAAGUGGAGGUUCUUCAUUAGCACAAGGGGAUUUAAAUAAUCUGAAAAUAGAAAUGAAGGAUGAAAAUGACGAUGCCAUGGAUAUUGAAAUUGCACUGCCACCGCAUGCUAUCAGCAAACAUGUAGAUGAAUCGUAUACUCUGUUUUUUGCCAACAACAAUUGGUAUUUAUUUUUACGUCUUCAUGCCAUAUUAUGUGAGCGUUUGCGUACUAUGUAUGAGCGAGCACAAAUUCUAGUUGCUGAAGAAGAACGACAUCGCAUUAACCGUCGUGAAAGUGUAGCCACUGCAUUAAGACUGAAACCUAAACCAGAAGUACAAGUCGAGGAUUAUUAUCCAACAUUCCUAGAUAUGCUUAAAAAUGUACUCGAUGGCAAUAUGGACGCUAAUACUUUUGAAGACUCAAUGCGUGAAAUGUUUGGCAUACAUGCGUAUAUAUCAUUUACACUAGAUAAGGUGGUUUCUAAUGCAGUACGUCAAUUGCAAAAUUGUGUGACGGAACGAGGUGCACUUGAGUGUGUUGAAUUAUUUCAUCAAGAGCAACGACAUUGUGGAACUGGUAGUUUAUGUAGCAAUGCAAAUAAAAAUUAUACUGCUGAAAUGAGUUAUCAACGAAAAGCAGAAGCAAGCUUACAUGAAGAAAAUUGUUUUAAAAUUUAUAUUUAUAAAAUUGAUUGUCGUAUUACCAUCGAAUUAUUGGAUACAGAAGAUGUUGAAAAACCAGUAAAUAAAAUAAAGACAUGGAACAAAUACAUCGAUCGCAUAUCGAAUCCAUCUACAGCAGUUAAUGCAAAUGUGGCAUCAGCAUUAAUAUCGACAAAUCCUAAUGCAUCGUCUCUGUCAAUUGACAGUACAGCGAAUAUGGAUCUUAAAAUGGAAAAUGCAGAUGAUGAGAUUUUGGAUUCGCAAACGCAGCGGAAAGCGCGUUUCUUGAUGCGUAAUAAGCGAGCUGCAUAUUUAAAGACAGAACAGUCACGUUUAAUGCUGGACAAAAACAAGACUAUAACAAAUUUGGUAGCAGCUACAAGCAACAUCAGUGGAAAUAAUACACUUAUUUCAACAGACACUCCUUCUUCGAGUAGUUCCAGUGUUAAUGCAAUAGUUGUAAAUAGCGGUAAUGAUGAAAAGGAUACAGGUGGUCCUUCGAGCAGUAUAAAUAUAGCUUCAACCAGCACAAUAACUAAUACUAAUGUCACUGAUAUCUAUUGGAAUAAACGACCGCCGGAGCGUGUUGGUAGUUUAAUUGGUGGUAAUGAGAGAUAUGCAGUGGAAGACGGUGAUAAAGUAAAAUUUAAUACAACUGGUCGUCAAGUAUUUCUUAUUAAGAAGAAUCUCAUAUUUUUCAAAUUAGAUUCUGUGCGACGUGCAAAAAGGUCACAUCCGACUGUAACGCAACGAAAAUAUAAACGUUUCCUGAAGUUUACACAAAAAUGGCUGGCCGAUCACGUCACUGAACAGCAACAGAAUCAAUGUAACGACUGGUUAUUGGGUAAAUCAAAUGACUAUCAUAGUCAAAAUGCUUACAUGCAAUAUAAUACAAAAAUAGUAAAGGAAAAUGAUUUAAAAAAAUCACCUUAUCGCCUGUACAAUCGUUAUAAGGUUCUAGCAACUCCUUUACAGGAUUUGCAACAAUCUCAUUGUAAUAAUAUAAGCAGUACAAUAAAUGCAGUUACAUCGCCUGUUAACAACAUCGCUACUGGCAUAACAAGCACGGGAACUGUUAUAUCUAGCAGCACAGUUGCUUCCUCAACCACAACAGAUUUACAUCAGCAAAUCAGACCAAAGAAAGAUGAAAGCUGAGUGCAACGGUAAAGAAAAUGCUUUAAGCUAGCUGUAGGCCAUUUCAAAAAAGAAUUUGGCAGCUAAUUUAAUACUAACGAACACUAUACUAAUUCCAAGUGUGUAUAUUAAGUGAUAUGUGGGUGUAUAUUAUAUAAUUAAAAUAUA